ACUGACACUAUUCUUCAUCAUGCAGCAGCAGGUGUGGAGGUGGUGCAGCUGUGAUUUGUGUGGUCAUCACGCUGUUGGACUCCUCUUCCUCUUCCUCUUCCACAGCUGGAGGCCUGCAGUCACGACAUCCUUAACGUCAAGUCAUGUCACGAUUAAAGUUCUGACAUUUAGAUGUGUUUACUUCCGCUGACUCAAAGUGACGGCAUGAAGGGUGGCGGAGAAUGGGUUUGUAGCAGCCUGCAGCAUCAGGGAGUAUCAGAGUUCUUCUGCUCGCCGUCUGAGGUGGAGAUGCUUCGCUCGCAGGUCCUUCUCGUGGCUUUGUUGUCCUCUGUGCUGCUGGGGCAGGUCAGCGGCGCUCCACGCAGAGACAUGCUGACCCUGAGAGCAGACCUCUCCAGCGACAAGGAUCUCGCCAACCUGCUCCUGCUGAAGUUUGUGUCUGAGCUGGUGGCAGCGAGAGGAGACGAGAUGCCGCCCAGGCUGGGGGAGGAGGAGGAGGAGGUGGGAGUCAGGGAGGAGGUGAUGCGGCGGCAUCUCCCUCUCUCCCAAAGAGAGCGCAAGGCAGGCUGCCGCAACUUCUUCUGGAAGACGUUCACCUCGUGUUAAC